AUGUUCAGCACAGUGCUGCUGUGCCUGGCCACGGUGCAGGCCAUUCACGCGAUUCUAACCUCAGAAGCCAAUAAUGGGAGGCUGCAAGAUCUACGCUCAGGGGUGAUAAAUGAAAGAUACCACUACCCAAGCUUGCUGCGCCAAGUGAAAGAACCUGGCUUGUCAAUACAAGGGGGUUUGGCAAGGUCAGAGGUCAUGAGUCUGGAUGCAGGUGUAGCAGAAGAGGAAGUUGAUGACUACAGUUUGCUGGACCCAAAAGCUCAGUCACUAGAGGUUGCCUCACGAGAAGAGAGAUCACCCAGAAGAUGCGUCCAGCUUCUGGAGUCCUGCGUUGGACAUCUGCCAUGCUGCAAUCCUUGUGCCAUUUGCUACUGCCGAUUCUUUGGGACAGUUUGCUAUUGUAGAAAAACAAGUCCCAACUGCCAUCAAGGAAAGAACUAGCACGAUAUACCAUGCCUAACAGACCAUAUAACAAUCACUCUACAGUGCUUUACUAUUAUCAACCUGUAUAUUAACUUUAAUAUCCUCUGUCAGUUUGCUCACUGCCUUAACACAAGCCUAUACAUGGUCUCUUAUGUUGGAUUUGUGCUUGAGUAUCUAAAUGGAGUCUAGUGGCCAAAUAAUGGAUACUCUAGUAGACAUUUAUUGACAUAUUAAAACAGCUCUUGUUUCUCUUUUCUUGUUAUCCAUGUGUAGCAUCAUAUGCAUAUGAACUAUUUGUGGGAACAGUUCGUUUGAUUAUGGUGAUUUUACACAUGCUUUUAUUCUGCUCAUCAUUUCACUUACCCGUUACCCCACUAUGUCUAUACUAUGUU